CACAGGUGGGCGGGACUUCCGGUUGCAAGGACCCGGAAGAUUCGCUGCCUGCAUCCAUAUGCCCGCUACUUGUAACAUAUUAAUGUAAUUUAGACUGUUUUCUACUGUGUAGUAUUAGCAAACAUGUUAUCUUUAGACUUUCUCGACGACGUUCGACGCAUGAAUAAGCGUCAGUUGUAUUACCAGGUUUUGAACUUCGGUAUGAUUGUGUCUUCUGCGCUGAUGAUCUGGAAAGGACUGAUGGUUGUCACUGGCAGCGAAAGCCCUAUUGUUGUUGUCCUCAGUGGGAGUAUGGAACCAGCUUUUCACAGAGGGGAUCUUCUGUUUUUGACCAAUCGAGUGGAGGACCCCAUCAGAGUUGGAGAGAUUGUUGUCUUCAGGAUAGAAGGCAGAGAAAUCCCAAUAGUACACAGAGUGCUGAAGAUCCAUGAAAAGGAAAAUGGUGACAUUAAGUUCUUGACCAAAGGAGACAACAAUGCAGUCGAUGACAGAGGAUUGUACAAGCAGGGCCAACAUUGGCUGGAGAAAAAGGAUGUGGUGGGACGAGCGAGGGGGUUUGUGCCAUAUAUUGGGAUUGUCACCAUCCUCAUGAAUGAUUACCCAAAGUUCAAAUAUGCUGUGCUCUUCAUGCUGGGUCUUUUCGUUUUGGUCCACCGGGAGUGAGACAAUCAGCACUAAAGAUGGCUAUAAACUGCGUCCAGAAAACCUCAGUCAUGCCUUUCAAACCAGAUUUACUUUU